AUGUCGGCUUCAUUCCUCUUCAAUUUUAUUUAUAGCCAAUGGUUCGUUACUAUGCCUAAGCCGCAGAAAGACCACACUGGCGAGACCAUCAUCGUAACCGGCUCCAACAUCGGCCUCGGCCUCGAAGCAGCCCGCCACUUCACAUCUCUCAACGCGGCAAAAGUCAUCAUCGCAGUCCGCACAAUCUCCAAAGGCGAAGAAGCCGCCGCCUCCAUCGCCGCCUCCACCGGCCGCAAAGGCGUCGCUGAAGUCUGGCAACUCGACCUCUCAAACUAUCAAUCCAUCAAGGACUUUACGAAACGCGUGCAAGGGCUGGACAGGUUGGAUGCGAUUGUGGAGAAUGCUGCGAUAGCGACGCCCAACUUUAGGGUUGCUGAGGGACUGGAGCAGACGCUUACGACGAAUGUUACGGGGACCUUUUUGUUGGCGUUGGGUGUGCUGCCGAAGCUUAGGGAAUCGGCGGCUAAGACGGGGAAGCCGGGACACUUGGCCAUCGGGGAAGGCGAGAACAUGUUGGAUGCGCUUAGUGAUAAGGGGAGGGCUGUGAUGAGUGAUCGCUACAACGUCAGCAAACUCCUCGAAGUCUUCUUCACGCGCGAACUCGCGAAACGAUCGCCCGCCCGCAAUGAGAAAGGGGCUGUGAUUAUCAAUUUCCUCAACCCGGGGCUCUGCCAUUCGUCCCUGUCAAGAGAGGCGCCCUUCAUGCUGGAGGUGAUGAAGUUUUUGCUCGCAAGGUCGACGGAACAUGGAUCGAGGACUUUGGUCAAUGCGGUCGAGCAGAGCGAGGGGAGUCAUGGUGGGUAUUUGAGUGAUUGUGGGGUCGUGAAGUGA